AUGCAUCGACUUUUUGCUGAGCUGGAGCUAUCUGUAACCGUCACCGAGCAAAACCCGGCAGACCGAGUUUGGUAUAUCUUGCGCUCAAAUAUAUUUGAUGACGCCGCACUCGAACGGCUACGACGUGAGGCUGUUCCCUCAUCAAAUGAAAAUGCUACAGCUGAGGAUGCGGUGCCACAAGUUGCAGAACAACCCGCAUACGUGGAUACCGCCGAAACCAGUGGUGGCUGA